GCACCUCGUUCACUUGCUCGUGGCGGUGGUCGGAGAUGGUGGCUCGUGCGUGAGGUCUCCUCUGUACUUCUUAGAAGGCCCGGCUGUGGCAACGCGAGCCUAAGACAGCAGCCGUUUCUGUAUCCUUAGGGACGGUUUGCCCACUCGGCUUCUCCCGUGUCUUUCCGCCUUUUUCCGCCCCCCACUAUGAGUUACGGGCGACCGCCGCCGGACGUGGAAGGCAUGACCUCUCUGAAGGUGGACAACCUGACAUACCGUACUUCCCCAGACACGCUUCGCCGCGUCUUCGAGAAGUACGGCCGCGUGGGGGAUGUCUACAUUCCCCGCGAUCGCUACACUAAGGAGAGUCGCGGGUUCGCUUUCGUGCGUUUCCACGACAAGCGCGACGCGGAGGACGCCAUGGACGCCAUGGACGGAGCCGUGCUCGACGGGCGCGAACUUCGCGUCCAGAUGGCCCGCUACGGCCGACCUCCGGAUUCCCACCACAGCCGACGGGGGCCCCCUCCGCGCCGGUACGGAAGCGGCGGUUACGGACGUCGCAGCCGAAGUCCCAGAAGGCGGCGUCGCAGCCGAUCCCGAAGCAGGAGCCGAUCCAGAUCCCGAAGCAGAUCGCGCUACAGCCGUUCCAAAUCGAGAUCCCGCACGCGAUCCCGCUCUCGUUCUACUUCCAAGUCCAGGUCGGCCAGGAGGUCGAAGUCCAAGUCUUCAUCUGUGUCCAGAUCUCGUUCCCGAUCGAGAUCCAGGUCCAAAUCUAGAAGCCCUCCACCUAUCUCCAAGAGGGAAUCGAAAUCAAGAUCCCGUUCUAAGAGCCCUCCUAAAUCUCCUGAAGAGGAAGGUGCUGUGUCAUCUUAAGAAAACGGUAAAGUAUCAGGUAUUCUACUGAACUUGCAUGCUUUAUUGUAGGAAAUUAGUAGGUACUGGGAUCUUAAGCAUUCUAGAGUAAGGAAAUGGGGCAUGUUCAUUUCUGAAGAGGGUGUUUUAAUUUACAGCUAAUAAGACAUCUUCAUGUUUUGUUGCAAUUAAUAGCUUGCUUUUUAAUAUCUAUUGUUUGAGACGCAACCUAUUUCUGAAAUGACUAUUUUCUUACUGUUCUUAUCCAACAUCUGCAUUUUCCCCUUUAAAGCUGCGGUCUCCUGUUUGCUUAAAGAAUAUUGGCCAGUAUUGCAGAUUUUAACUGAUUUGGCUGAUCCUCCAGGGACCAGUUUCUGUGGGCGUGUAUUGGAGCAGGUUUGUCUUUAAAUGUUAAAGAUACACUAUCCUGUUAAGAAUCUGUUCUAUGGAUACAGUUCUCAACAGCAGCAAACACUUUUAGAAGUGAAAUGCAAAAGUUCGUGGCAACCAGUUUUUUCAGUGCAAUUGUGGGCUUAUAAGAAUAUGCUGGGUGGGAAAAUGGAUAGUGUGUCUUUAACCUCCCUCAAAUUGUUUGGUCCUGUUUUUUCAAAUGAAGGCCUAGAACUGUUAAGGUUAAUAACUAAUAACACACCAAAGUUUUGAAUAAAGAUGAAUGCAUAAUUAAUAUGAAUCAGGUUGGAUUUGUAUUGGGGUGGUUCAUAAACAACGCAUAAUGUGGUUAGUGGAGUGAUCGGACAACAUCUCCAAAAAUCUCAUGAUGGCUAUAUUAGUAUCAAAUGUGAUGGUUGGGAGGAGACAUUGUACGUACGUUGAAACGUAUUAAAAGAUCAAUACCAGUAGGUAUUUAAAAGCAUCCAUAAGCUACAGAAUGCAUUCAAGGAGUACCCUUCCUAAGCAUUAUCUUUUUCAAAUCUAGAUACUGCAAAUAGAUGAGAAAUCUACAUAAAGGAUGCCUUUGGAGGAGAAAUGAUCAUUUGAAUCGCCAAGUCCUUUGGAGAGACUCCUGCACAAGCAACCGGCUGUUGAAAAGGUUAUUUUGUAACACUUUGUCUAACUUUUUACUUUACGUUUUUGAGCCUCAAAUGGCAGACUUUUACUUUUAUGUGCCAUUUUGUUGCUAUUAUUCAAAUUUCUUGUAAUUUAGUGAUGUGAACGACUACAGAUUUCAUUAUUGGCUUGGAUAUUUGAGGUAAAACUUCAUUUUUGUUCAUAUAGUGCUGACUUGUUUGCAAAUUAAACUGAUAACUAACAUGCUGCCUCAAGUUUAAUAUUAAAUAUGCAGCUCCAGUAUGCUGAAUAGCUUUAUGCUGUCCAAAUGUUCAAUUUUUGCCUUUGUUCUCCCAAUUCUGAAUUUUAAAAUUCAAGCGCAUAUGCAAAUAUUUCUUCAAGUCAAACAUUAAACUUUACAGCUGACAAAUUAUUUUGAAAGAUUUGUUUUCAUCAGACAAAAUUCUAAUCUCUUCUCUUAUGUAUUUUUGUGCACUAGGCGCAGUUGUGUAGCAGUUGAGUAAUGCUGGUUAGCUGUUAAGGUGGCGUGUUGCAGUGCAGAGUGCUUGGCUGUUUCCUGUUUUCUCCUGAUUGCUCCUGUAAAGAUGCCUUGUCGUGCAGAAACAAAUGGCUGUCCAGUUAAUUGUAAUUGCCUGACAACUGCACUUCCAGUCACCCGGGCCUUGCAUUAAAAUAAUGGAGCAUACAGUGAGCACAUCUAGCUGAUGAUAUACACACCUUAUUUUUCCAGAAUGGUAAAUUAGACCAUCUACAUAUGUGAACUUGCAUCUAAAAAUGUAAUGUUAAAGCAUUUGAUUCAUUCCUUUUAAGUACUGAUUUUGGAGUAUCUCUUAAAACAUUCUGUAUUAUAACCACUGUGUCUGUAGUUUAAUAAAAACAACACUUUCUUGGUGUUCA